AUGCCGAACCCAAGUCUAAGUUACGGAAAUGGCAUGUCAUCCGGAGCCAAGUCCCGGAAUACCGCCUUCCUAACCAUGUUCGCGGUUAUCUCCGGCGCCUUGCUCACAUUCCGGAUGCAGUCGCCAAGCAAGGAGCAGAGGUCCUCUCCCGAGGGAGACCAGCAGGCUAUUGAUGGGGAGAAUAAGCUUGGGCGCUCGAUGUUCGUUUCGGAUGGGGAUCGGGAGGCUGUUAGGGGUGGGAAGCCUGGAGAACCGAAGGUUGGUCGGGCGCCGCAUGAGGGGCUGGGUGGGCGGUGAUGAUUCUAUAUGAAUGUGUGGGUUGCAUGAGGGGAGGUAUCGUGCAUGGGCAUGGUCAUGUCGCAUAACGUUGUUGUUUCUUCGUUGGGGUUAAUAGUAGUGUAUGUUAAAUAGGUCUGGUACCUUGUACAUUCUAUUUGUUCUGGUGAUGC